UCUUCUCCUUCCCUGCGAUUCCAUUGGGAGUGUAGGGUUUCUUCGCUAUGGAAAGUUUGAUUGGCCUCGUGAACAGGAUCCAGCGAGCGUGCACGGUGCUCGGCGACUUCGGUGGCGAAGGAGCCGCCGCACUGCCUGCCCUCUGGGACGCGCUUCCUUCUGUUGCCGUUGUUGGGGGGCAGAGCUCCGGCAAGUCUUCAGUGCUUGAGAGCGUUGUUGGCCGCGAUUUUCUUCCGCGAGGAUCGGGGAUUGUGACGAGGCGGCCGCUUGUGUUGCAGCUUCACCAAAUUGAGGAGGGGCAGCCUGAAUAUGCGGAGUUUCUUCAUAUACCGGAUAGGAGGUUCACCGACUAUUCUCUUGUGCGCAAGGAGAUUCAAGAUGAAACUGAAAGGUUGACAGGGAAAACAAAACAAAUUUCACCUGUUCCCAUUCAUCUCAGUAUUUAUUCGCCACAUGGUAUGUGCUUCUAUCUUGUAUAUGUUGCUCAGAAAAUGGAAAUCGGAUUAAUGCAACAUGUGGCCAACCCACAACAGCUCUUUAUCCUCGAUCAUCACGACACCAUCAUGCCAUUUGUAAGACGAAUCAAUGCCACCGAUCGAAAGGUCUACGCCACCCGAACGCUGCUCUUCCUCAACAAUGACAGCACCCUGAAACCCCUCGCUAUUGAGCUUAGCCUCCCCCAUCCAGGUGGCGAUACUUUUGGCGCCAUAAGCACUGUAUACACGCCCAUGACUUCCGGUGUUGAAGGCUCAAUUUGGUCGCUUGCCAAAGCCUAUGUCAUCAUCAAUGACUCCUGCGUUCAUCAGCUUAUUAGCCACUGGCUGCGCACUCACGCAGUGAUGGAACCCUUCGUGAUCGCCACAAACCGCCACCUGAGCGCGAUGCACCCCAUCAGUAAGCUCCUUUUGCCACACUACCGCGACACCAUGAACAUAAACGCUCUCGCUCGACAAAGCCUCAUCAAUGCCGGCGGCCUACUCGAGUUCAUCAUUUUUCCUUCCAAGUACACUAUGGAAAUGUCCUCCUCUGUUUACAAAAGCUGGAAUUUUGUCGAGCAGGGCCUUCCAUCCGAUCUCCUCAAGCGAGGAAUGGCGGGGGAAAGCGUGAUGUUCCCUUCCCUUCCGAUCUUCGUUGCUGUCAUAUCUCCUAUGAUAGCUCUGCUCGGUGACGACAUGUCCUUCGGCUUAGGCGCUCUGAUACCAAAUGUUGGUUCCAAUUUACUGGAUCGCUAA